GUUUCUCAGAAAGCAACAAAGAGUUCACUUUGAGGUGUAGGUGAAGCGAUUUUCAAUAUUUUGUAGCAGAAUUCUAUUUACAUAAAUGCUAUUUAAGUAAAGUUGCAACGGAGAAAAAUGAUACUAUAUUGGCUGCACAUGGUGGAAAUUAAUUAAUUGUUGAAUUUGGUAUAUGAAAUUUUCAAUCUUUCUGCAGUUAUUUGAUUACGUAGUUGGAAUGCCAUGCAUUGCAAUGGCAUGAAGUUAUGAACUGCUGACUUUCAACUGAGGCAUGGUACUUUUGAUGAUUCGUUGAUUUAUGCAUAAUGGGACAUGUGCAUGACCUUGCAUUAAUUGUUUCUCAGGGAAAUUACUUGAUGGAUUUUGUCUCCAUUCAUAAGAUUUUGUUCCUUACUAGUUACAGAGACUCAUGUAUUUUCCUGUUGGUGUAUAUGCUUUGUAUUAUUGUUUCCUUGUAGCUGCGUGUCCUCAAUUGAUAACAAGAACAGGACAUUCCUGGAGAUUAUAUCAUGAACACUCAGUUAGAGUCUCAGAAAGAUGAGAAUGGGGGGUCAAAGUCACACAAAGAUGAAAAGGAGGGGUUUGAAAAUUUAAAUGGGACUUCAACUGCAAAUGCUGACCCAGCGGAAAGUUUCAGCAGCACAGUUGAAGACAACCAGAUAUUAUCUUUGGUGGAGUGGUUAAACUUUAUCGUCCCUUAUUUAAGAUUGCCAUUGGAUGCUACCGAGGAGGAACUCAGAGCCUGCUUAAUUGAUGGCACUGUUUUAUGCAGAAUUUUAAAUAAGCUGUGUCCUGGUUCAGUUGAAAUGGGAGGGAGUUCGGACCCCGGUUUCGCAAAUGUCAAGAGGUUUCUGGUGGCUGUGGAUGAAUUAGGAUUCCCCCGCUUUGACCUGAUAGACCUAGAGCAGGGAUCUCUGGUACCAGUCUUGCAAUGCCUUGGUGCACUUAAAUCUUCUUUUGACUUUGGUUUUUGGGGAGAGAACAGUAAACACCUAACAAGGACAGGAAGUGAUUUGUUGGAGAUAGAAUCUUUAAAGGGAAUUGAUCGUUCCCGAGGGGAUAUCUCAAAAUUUGGACAACAAUGUACUCAAAAUAGAGAAGAGACACAAGGAAAUUCAGUUGAUUCAACAUCUCAAGUGACAGAUCCAUCAGCUGAUUUAGUACAUCAUAUUGGACAGCAACUGAAGCAGGGGACUUUUGUUGAUUUUUCUGAUGCUAAGAUUUUGGAAUCAAUCAAAUCAACCAGUUUAGAUAAUGCAUCUACUCGAUCACUUUUCAAUGUUGGGCACAAGAUUCUGGAUGACAGUAUUGACAGAAACAAUGGUGAUGUACCUCAUCGUGUAGCAUAUCUUCUGAAAAAAGUCAUGCAAGUGACUGAGCAGCGAUUUGCAAAUCAGGCAGUUAACUUGAGAAUUCAAAACAAUAUAUAUAAGGCCCGUGAGGAGAAGUAUCUAUUGAAAAUAAAAGUACUUGAGACCCUCACUUCUGGGACUGCCGAAGAAAAUGAGGUUGUUCUGAAACAGCUUCAGAAUAUCAAGCUUGAGAAGUUUGAUAUAGAGGAGCAGAAAAAACUUGAGGAGGAGGAUGCAGUGCGAUUAAAGGAAGAGAAGGAUCGCAGGGAUUCACAGAUUUCAACACUGAAACAGGAACUAGAAAUGGCCACAAGUCGACAUGAAAGUUACUGCCACAAGUUAGAGGCAAAUGCAAAAGAAGCUAAACUUCAACUGGAAAGGAAGUUAAAGGAACUCGAGUGCAUACUAACAGAUUCAAAGAAGAACCAGAAAGAACUAGAGGCAUCUUUGGAAAAUGAAUCAAGGAGAUGGAAAAAUAAAGAACGCACUUAUCAAAGCUGCGUAACUUGCCAAUCUCGAGCUUUGCAGGAAUUAAGUGCCACUUUGGAGUCCACUAGACGUGAAAUCUUGAAGACAAAAGGCAGUUAUUCCGAAGAAUUUAAUUACUUGGGUUUGAAGCUUAAAGAACUAACAGAUGCUGCUGAAAAGUAUCAUGCUGUUCUCGAUGAAAAUCGGAAAUUGUAUAAUGAGGUUCAGGAUUUGAAAGGUAAUAUUAGAGUUUACUGUCGAAUAAGACCAUUUCUUCGGGGUCAAAGCCAAAGGGAAACCACCAUAGAAUAUAUUGGUGAAAAUGGUGAUCUAGUUAUCGCAAAUCCCUCUAAACAAGGAAAAGACAGCCGCAGGCUGUUUAAAUUUAACAAAGUAUUUGGUCCUGCAGCUACACAAGCGGACGUAUUUUUAGACACCCAACCAUUGAUUCGUUCUGUCCUUGAUGGAUACAAUGUUUGUAUAUUUGCCUAUGGUCAAACUGGUUCAGGAAAGACCUAUACGAUGUCUGGGCCUAGUGUAUCCUCAACAGAUGACUGGGGUAUCAACUAUCGAGCAUUAAAUGAUCUUUUCCAAAUAUCUCAGAGCAGGAAAAGCUCCAUAGCUUAUGAAGUUGGUGUUCAAAUGGUAGAGAUAUAUAAUGAACAAGUUCGUGAUCUACUCUCAAGUGAGGGUCCUCAAAAAAGACUUGGGAUUUGGAAUACUACCCAGCCAAAUGGGUUAGCUGUCCCUGAAGCAAGCAUGCAUCCUGUUAACUCAACUGCAGAUGUCCUAAAGUUAAUGAAUAUUGGGUUGAUGAACCGGGCAGUCGGUGCUACUGCCCUAAAUGAAAGAAGUAGCCGAUCUCAUAGUGUUUUGACUGUUCACGUUUGUGGAGUGGACCUGAAGUCUGACACUUCUCUGCGUGGUAGUCUACAUCUCGUGGAUCUUGCCGGAAGCGAACGAGUGGAUCGAUCUGAAGCUACUGGAGAUAGGCUUAGGGAGGCACAGCAUAUAAACAAGUCACUGUCUGCUCUCGGGGAUGUGAUUUUUGCUCUUGCACAGAAGUCUUCACAUGUACCGUAUAGAAACAGCAAAUUAACUCAAGUGCUUCAGAGUUCUUUAGGUGGUCAAGCAAAGACACUCAUGUUUGUACAGCUGAAUCCGGAUGUUGAAUCCUUCGCUCAGACUAUAAGUACACUGAAGUUUGCAGAGAGGGUUUCUGGUGUUGAAUUAGGUGCUGCCCGGAGCAACAAAGAGGGAAGAUAUGUAAGAGAACUUAUGGAGCAGGUGGCUUCCUUCAGGGACACAAUUGCUAAGAAAGAUGAGGAGAUUGAACGAUUGCUGAGGGUCAAUAGUAAUGGGUUACACCGUGGCAUGAGCUCACUAAGAUAUGCGUCUUCCUCUCCAAGAAGACAUUCAAUUGGGUCUCCUCGACUGAGCCAAAAGAGCCCAGGUAGAAGAGGCUCAGGAUAUUAUAGUGAUAAGCGUUCUGAAGUUAGUUCUCAGCUUUCAACAGAUGACUUUAGAAAUCGUAGGGAAGAUUUUCCUCGGUCAAAGAACGGAGGAGAGGCAAAUGAUUCUGAAGGUAGUUCUCAGUCAAUGGAUGACUUUAGACAUCAUAAGGAACAUAUGCCACAGUCAAAGCAUGAAGGUGAGGCAAAGCAUUCUGAAGAUAGUUCGCAGCAGUCAGCAGACAACUUUAGAGAUAAUAAGGAGCAUUCACCUCGGUUAAAGCAAAGAGGUGAGACAAAGAAUUCUGAAGCUGGUUCUGAUAAGUCACUAGAUGACUUUAGAAAUCACAAGGGCCAUUCAACUCAACCAAAGUAUGGAGGUGGAGGAAAGCAUUCUGAAGGUAGUUCUGAGCAGUCAAUAGAUGACUUUAGACAUCAUAAGGAACACUCGACUCAACAAAAGCGUGGAGAUGAGUCAAGUCAAAACAUCACCGAAGAUUUUGAGCUCGUGGGCUUUGGUGAGGAAGAUUCUGGGGAGAGAUUAAGCGACAUAUCUGAUGGUGGUCUCUCAAUGGGAACAGAAACUGAGGGUUCCAUGGCCAGUUUUAUGGAGUUUACUCUUUUCCCUGAUGUUACAAAACCAACAGAAAGUACAAAUGCUGGAAAUACAGAAGUCAUGAAAACUCAAACUGAGAAUGCUCAAGGCGAAAAGACACCAUCCCAGCGCACAGUAAGGUUUGCACCAUCUAAACUUCCAAAGCCAUCACCUAAGUUGGCAGAAACAAAAGCUACUCGGACGUCGGUGAUCAGAAGUUCCUCAAAGGUUUUGCCAAGUCCUUGGAAAUCUACCGCCGGCAGCAGCUCGUCAGUGAGGUCUUCCAAACGCUGGCAUUAAAAACUCACUGUACUAAUGCGAUUUUAAUACUGCUCCUCCUAUUAGGCUAUUAGUAGUUUCCAUGUGUCUUUAUAUUGAAAAAAUGGCAACUGGAGACUUCAGACUUUGACCUUGUACUUUAUGUUCUAAACAAUCAAUGGUAUAAAAACCUUCGAUUUUUGAGAUC